AUGGUGUACGAUUGGGCGGGGAAGCGGGAAAUCUGCUACCAGAUGUACAUCCAGGAGAAGAAGCCUUUGGAAGAAAUCAUGGAUUACAUGCGGACCGCCUACCAGUUCGCCCCCAGCAAGCGCGCUUUUCAGACUCAGUUCAAGCGAUGGGAGUUCCCCUCCAAGCAAAACCCAGCACAUAAGAAUGUCGACCUGGUCGUGCGCGUGAAGCACCUCUGGGAGAAGAAUACCAGUCAGCGGGAUAUGCUGCGCAUUCUGAACGAGGAAGGCUUCGAGAUUAAAGAGAGGGAGCUGAUGCGAGUGCGCGCGAAGAAUCGUUGGUUACUGCGUGUCCCCAAUGGAAUGAAAUCGCACGCCAAUGCCGAGAUGGAGGCUGUUAAUCCUGAAGAUGAAGGACUUUUGGCUUUGCAGCAGGAGGUUUACAAGGUUGAGAGUGCGCUCGAUGACCCGGAUGCCAUGUCUAAUGGGCCUGAUGGAAACGCCGCCGUCGCACUCGAGGCUGGGCUGGGUUACCGGCGGAUCCCCCCUGGCCCUCCGCGAUUUCCCUCGGAGACGACUAUCGAUGAGAGCAAGCAGUAUCUUAGCCUCGACAACACCAUGUACCGUCAGACUAGGGAUCACUUCCAGCGAAUAUGCGAGGAAGCUGGAUUCAUUAAGAAAACAGCAGCUGGACCUGAGAGGUGGCAGGCUGCGAAGGACAAGUUGAUCCAAGAAUCCCCGCAUCUCCAACAAGUCUUCAGUGCCGAUCCUACCCAACGGGACGCAAAGGUCCUUGCACUUGAUGUCGUCUGUACCGAUGUCACAAAACGGAUGCGGACUUUGGAAAGACGGAUGACCAUCGCCGAAGCAAAAAAUGCACUUGGAAUCAACCCAGAAGAAAGCCGACAGAUCCGAAAUGCAUUUUACGACACAUUAAAAGUAGACCACUUCACCAGCAAGCUCGAGGCUGGAGACGACCAUUGGCGCGAGCUCAAAGACCAAUGGAUUGCCAACUCGGAGCUACUCCAACGGAUCCUUGCACCCGGACAGGCCGACCCGGAUCACACCAACAAACUCAAGGCCCUGGAGGUCCUCUGCCGCGACGUCAUGAAGAGGCUACGAGACGACCAGACGAAGCGUGACCCAGCGCGGAAGAGAUCCUCGGCACGCGCCGAGUCCCGCAAUUCCACACCUACAAACACGAACACAACCCCCAUGGGCAACAUGCUCGGCAAUGAGAUCAGUAACGGUAUCAGUACGCUGGCAUCCCAGGCCCUCGCCAGUGCGCCAAUGGCCGCCACCGAGAUUGGAGAUAUGCAAAUCGAUCCCUCUCUCCUCCAAGCAGCCAACGACCCAUCCUUCACAAAUCCCCACGGCAAUGGUGCUUUCGAAUACGUGGGCACCAUGCUGAGUUCCGAAUUAAUGCAUACACCUGUUUACUUCCAGAUUGGACCUUCGUCAGAGACGGCGAAACCAUGGCUGGAGAAGCUGACUACCCGCACUGUGGAAGAGCUUCGUCAAUUGAUUGAUGCAAGGUAUCCCUAUUCGAUCAUCUCUAGAAUCGAGGGAAUGGAUAGGGAUGAGGAUGGGAAUGAAGUCCCGUUCGCUAUUGAAGCGGAUCACGAUUUGGACGCUUACUUGACUCAUGUGCAUGGCAGGAGGGCGUUGCUUGUGUUUACUAUUUGA